GCCCCGGUUCCUUUCAUAGGCUCCCCGCCUCCUCCCCUCCCUCCUUCCCCCGUGAUGGCGGAGGACAGCGAGUCUGCGGCCAGCCAGCAGAGCCUGGAGCUGGAUGACCAGGACACCUGCGGCAUAGACGGCGACAAUGAGGAGGAGGCCGAGCACGCCAAGGGAAGUCCUGGAGGGGAUUUGGGAGCGAAGAAGAAGAAAAAGAAACAGAAGAGAAAAAAGGAGAAACCAAAUUCUGGAGGCACCAAAUCAGAUUCUGCAUCUGACUCCCAGGAGAUUAAAAUUCAGCAGCCUUCGAAAAAUCCAGCCAUUCCAAUGCAGAAACUUCAAGACAUCCAGAGAGCGAUGGAGCUGCUCUCUGCAUGCCAAGGUCCUGCAAAGAACAUUGAUGAGGCUACCAAACGUAAAUACCAGUUUUGGGAUACGCAACCUGUACCUAAACUUAAUGAAGUUAUAACUUCACAUGGUGCAAUCGAACCAGAUAAGGACAAUGUCCGUCUAGAGCCAUAUUCUUUGCCACAGGGUUUUAUGUGGGACACGUUGGAUCUUAGCAAUGCUGAAGUUCUAAAGGAAUUAUACACACUGUUAAAUGAGAAUUACGUAGAAGAUGAUGAUAAUAUGUUUAGGUUUGAUUAUUCACCUGAAUUUCUUCUGUGGGCGCUACGUCCUCCGGGCUGGUUACCCCAAUGGCACUGUGGUGUUAGAGUGUCUUCAAACAAAAAACUGGUAGGAUUCAUAAGUGCCAUCCCUGCAAAUAUUCGUAUUUAUGACAGUGUGAAGAAAAUGGUAGAAAUCAAUUUUCUGUGUGUCCAUAAGAAACUGAGAUCUAAACGGGUAGCACCUGUACUGAUUCGGGAAAUAACCAGAAGAGUAAACCUGGAAGGAAUUUUUCAGGCUGUUUACACUGCUGGAGUGGUACUCCCCAAACCUGUGGCUACUUGCAGGUAUUGGCAUCGGUCACUGAAUCCCAGAAAAUUGGUGGAGGUGAAAUUUUCACAUUUGAGUAGAAACAUGACUCUACAAAGAACAAUGAAGCUCUACAGACUUCCUGAUGCCACAAAGACUUCAGGUUUGAGACCAAUGGAACAAAAAGAUACUAAAGCAGUACAAGAAUUAAUCAACACUUACUUGAAGCAGUUUAAUCUUGCUCCUGUAAUGGAUGAAGAAGAGGUGGCCCACUGGUUCCUGCCUCGGGAUCAUAUUAUUGACACUUUUGUAGUAGAGGGCUCAAAUGGUAUUUUAACAGACUUCCUGAGUUUCUACACGUUACCUUCAACGGUGAUGCACCAUCCUGUUCAUAAAAGCCUGAAAGCUGCCUAUUCCUUUUACAAUAUUCAUACAGAGACCCCCCUCUUGGACUUAAUGAAUGAUGCACUCAUAAUAGCUAAGUUGAAAGGAUUUGAUGUGUUCAAUGCACUAGACUUAAUGGAAAACAAGACAUUCCUGGAAAAACUCAAGUUUGGGAUUGGAGAUGGAAAUUUGCAGUAUUAUUUGUACAACUGGAGGUGUCCUGGCAUGGAAUCUGAAAAGGUUGGUCUUGUAUUACAAUGAGGACACGUGUUUCUAGAACUCUGAGGUCAUCAUUUGCGUUAAUUUGAUCUCCAUAACUCUUGGAAUGAUAUUGUUCAAGAGGAGUAAAAGCACAACGUCAGUGAUACUGAAUAGUCCAUUAAACCUGAGCAAUGAAGAAAUCCACAUGUGACCAAAUUUAUGCAUUUUCAGAUAAAUCAGAAGGUCCUUGAAACUCUUUUUAUUGUCCAUGAAAAGAAUAAAAGCACAUUCAUUUAAGUUUCAAAGCUUAGCUUGCACCUUGAUGAGAAGAAGGUAUUUUUUUUCCACUCUGUAGAAAAGACUGUUUUGUACAAACUGAACUUCAGUGGUGGAUUAGGGUACAAAAAUAUUUGCUAUUAUGUGGAUGAACUGCUGCAUUUCUAUUUAUUAAGUGGUGGUGUAUGUUUGUCAGUGUAACAGAAUGAAGGAUACAAACUUGAGUAUCUUUGCUAUAUUUACUUCACAUGGAUAUCAUCAUUUGGGGAAAAAUCAUGAAGUUAUGAUACGUUUGUAGCUCUAUGAAAGUCCUGGAUGUUUUUUGUAACUGGAGCAGUAUGACAGUGUACUGGUUUAACUAGUGCAUUUGUUUCUCCAUAAGCAACGCUGCCAAAUCAAUAAAAAUACAGAUUUGUACUUUGA